AUGCAGCAGCGCGCUUGGGGCCCUCCGUCUUUGGGCUCUCCCGAGCGCCCUUAUGAUGUGAUUAUCCCCCCUCCUGAGUUGAACCGCGGCCAGCGCGUGGCCCCCGUUCAUCCGCCUCCUCCGUACAGCACUGAGACUCCUGAGCAACGCUCUAAAGACGGCUUUCUUGGUGGUCCCCUGACCUCUGCCGCGGCUGAGAACCCAGGAGCCCAAGACUUCAAACCUGCGCAACAGUUCUGGUCCCCGCAGACCCAGCUGUUCGAGAGGCAGAAGCAGCCUCUGAAGCAAGUUGAAAGCAUGGUCCUCCAGGCUGUGGCUCGCAACAGCCGUUGGGGCAAGGAGGCCCCUGACCUGCGUGUCAUCAGCAACAGCAAGGGAGGUGGCACUCAGUGCAAUGUCUACAGCAAAGUGCCCUCCGUCGCCAAGACGAUCUCCUUCAACGUCGAUGACGAGGAAGCGCUCCUCAAGGCCUAUCGCCACGUCAAGGCGAUGAAUCCUUCCGCUCCUGUCGGAGGCAUCAUGUUCAGCAUUGGUGCAAAGGGCGACCGCAGCCAGGUUGACAACAUCAGCUGGAACUCUUUCGCUGGUCGCUCUGGUCUUGGUAGGAGCUUCUCCAUGAACCUGAAUGGUGACAAUAUUCAGGUCUUUCGCUCCCGGCGCUAA